CAUCUUGUUCAACGGUCGUUUCCCUGUCAAAUAUUCUGUGUGGUGUGGUGGUGUCGAAUGUGAACGUGAAUAUUGUAUUCUAUUAUCAUAAACAAAAUGAACGCCGGUGAAACUAUAGUAAACGACUUGAAUAAAGAGUCUCUCGAUUAUAUCGAAAAGGGACUGCAGUCCUUUAUCGAGUUCCAAGAGACGUUUCGAGAUCUAUGUAAGGAUAUUACUAGGGUUAUUAACGAGUACACCGCUACAGGAAGGUUACCGGCUUUUGAUCAUCUGACUGAUUUCGAAGAGUAUAAAAAGCUGAGGUCACGUAUUUCAAAUGAGGAAGGAUCAGUAUCAUCUAAAGAAAACCACGAACCUGAUGAUAUCCCCACAACAAAGAAGAAAGCUCGCCGUUCUCGGCGAACUGCAUUUAAAGAAGCUACUCAAAGCAUCAGCGGUCUCAACGAAAGACGUCACCGCACCACCCUCAAAAAGGAGAAAAUAUCAAUGAUCAGUGGUGAAGAAUCGGUGCCUGAGAAAAUUUCAGUUAAGACCGAACUUGAAGAAAUGCCUGCUCCAACUCGACCAGCUCCUAAAAAGAGAAGAAAAAAUACUACAAGUAAACAAAUCAAACAAGAAAAAAUAGAAGAUCCAUUAGAGAAUCCGCGUGAAUCAGACGUCAUCAUUGAAGAAGCUGUGGUUCCUUUGGUUAAUCUUGUGGACUCGUUGGAAGAGGAAACCAAUAAAACAGAAGUGGAGUCUUCAAAGCGAACAAGAACUGCGUCCGAUGAUGGACAAAUGGAAAACAAAGAAAAAAGACCAAAAUCCAGUGAAGAUGAAACUCAGUUUGAAGACGCUGUUUCAACUGUGUUGUCGGAAAAUGCAGACAAAAAUAACGCAACUUUUGUCACCGCUUCUAAGCUUGAGGUCCAGGGUGGUAAUUUAAAUUCAACAGUGGUUGUACAAGAUCCGAAAUAUCUCAAGAGCCUGAUUCCAAAGACCGUAGAUGAUCUGAUGACCGACGAUGAAUCAGAAGAAGAAAAAGAAACAUUAAAGAAAUCGAAGGUCCAAGGGACUAUUCCCAAGCGCGCUAAACAAAUUUUCAGUCCGUUUGAACAAAGCCCUGUGAAGAAAAAGGUCCAGGCUUUUGAAAAACUUCAAGAGGAAGCCGCUGCCAUGCCUGUUCGAAUCACCCGAACUAAAACAAGAAAUCAAGCGAAAGAACAAGAUUCCGCAGCGGAAGAACCGAAUCAGACCGAAAAGGUGAAAAGUAACGUCAAAGAGAAAGCGAAAAUAUUUACUCCAGUCGUUUCGAAAUUUCUACCAAAAGCCGCCAGCACAACCGUAAAAAACAAGAACCUAAAGAACUCGAGUUCCACCGAAAACCUGAUGAUUAAAAGUGCAAGCGCUUUAAAAGCAUCUCACGCCGAAUAUCGAGAAAUUGAGAUGCGCCGUCACGAAAAGGAACAAGAAGCACUGAAAAAACGCGAAGCGAUGCUCCAAGCGCAAAGUGAAGAAAAAAGACGUAAAAGAGAAGAAAAACAACUCAAGGCGCAACAGCAACGUGAAAUGAUUGAAAAAGAAAAACAGAAAGCUUUAGAAGCACAACGGUUGAAAGAGGAACGCCAUCGACAACAUAUCGCCGAACAAGAAGAAAAGAAACUGAAAUUGAAAGAAGAACUGGAAAAGAAGAGAUUGAUCGUGAAAAACCGAGCGAUUGAACAGAAGAAAUACGAGGAAGAACAGAAGAGGGAAGAGGAAAGAAAAGCUGCAGAAUUGGCUGCAAAAUUGGCAAAGCAGGACGAAGAUAUUACAAAGAUGCUUCAGAAGCAAAAGGAAAGAAAGGCACCGAUUUAUAUGAGAGAGCCGGCACCGCCUUUGCCGUCAGAUGACUGCCAUGAUUCAGACAGUGAAGAAUAUAAAAAUCAAAAAGUCAUACUAAAAAACUGGGAAAAAGAAGUGAAUGUAAUGCUUAUGCAAAAGUAUGAAUCGGCGAUAGGUCAUGCAAUUAAAAACACAUUCUUCUCACUUCAAGCACGAACGCCGGAUCUACAAGAGAUUUUGGAACAUAUCGAACCGAGAAAAUUGAAAAGAACAUCGAGUGCUCUCUGGGACCAGCCGCCACGAUUCACUAUGAUUCCGGGGUUAGAGACUCAUGAUGAGACAGAGGAAUUUAUUUAAUUUUAUUUUAUCCAUUGGUUAACAGUUUUAUUGCAUAUCAUUUCAUGUUUUUUAAAUUACAAAUUAUCACCAAGAA